AUAGGAGAGUGGUCGGUACUUGGUAUUAUAGAAAGUUUAAACUUUGCUUUUUUAUUCUCUUACAUCGUUGUUGUUUGUUUCUGUUUUAUGGGUUUUGUUUACAGUGAAGGGUACAAGAAGGACAAUGUCGGUGAAAAUCAAAGUAGGAGAUGUUGAACUAAGAGCAAGAACUGUGGUACAUAGUAAAUGGGCUCUUUUUCUUUGUUUGGCUAGCUUUUGUGCUGGAAUGUUAUUCACUAAUAGGAUGUGGUCGAUGUCUGAAUAUAGAGAAAUUUCAAGGACCUUUAGAGAGAUGAAACCAAUAAAAUUAAACUCAGAUGGUUGUAAUCUUAAUCUAGUUGUAAAGCCUAGCUCCAAUUACAGUAAAGUGGAAGUGUUAACUACCCAGAAUGUUGUCAAGAAUUCGAGAAAACUAGAGAGAGUUGAAUCAACUCCAAGGAAAAAAUGUUUCAUUGUUAUAGGGAUCAAUACAGCUUUUAGUAGCAGGAAACGAAGAGAUUCUGUUCGAGGAACUUGGAUGCCACAAGCUGAGGAUAGAAAGAAGUUGGAGGAAGAAAAGGGCAUAAUCAUACGUUUUGUUAUAGGUCGCAGUUCUACAUCAAGUGGAGUUCUUGACAAAGCUAUUGAGGCAGAAGAAAAACUUCAUGCUGACAUUUUGAGGCUGAACCAUGUCGAAGGAUAUUUGGAACUAUCAGCUAAGACGAAAACCUAUUUUUCAACUGUUCUUGCCUUGUGGGAUGCAGAAUUUUAUGUCAAAGUUGAUGAUGAUGUUCAUGUGAAUUUAGCAACACUUGGAUCGACUCUGUCUAUGCACCGUCUAAAACCUCGUGUGUAUGUUGGGUGCAUGAAGUCUGGUCCUGUCCUUUCUCAGAAGGGAGUGAAAUACCAUGAACCAGAAUACUGGAAGUUUGGUGAGGUUGGAAACAAGUACUUUCGUCAUGCUACCGGACAAUUAUAUGCAAUUUCACAAGAGUUGGCAACUUAUAUAUCAGUAAAUCAGGAUAUGCUGCAUAAAUAUGCGAAUGAAGAUGUUUCAUUGGGAUCAUGGUUCAUAGGCUUAAAUGUGGAGCAUGUUAAUGAUGGAAGAAUGUGUUGUGGUACACCCCCUGAUUGUGAGUGGAAGGCGCUGGUAGGUGAUAUAUGUGUUGCUUCAUUUGAUUGGAGAUGCAGCGGGAUUUGCAAUCCUGUUGAGAGGAUGAAGUAUGUUCACCAGCAUUGUGGAGAAGCUAAAAAUGCAUUGUGGACCACAACUUUCUGAUAUGUCACAACUCAACCCUCAUCUUGAAAGAUUAACAUAUGAAAGUAGUAGGACACAUGCUGCUUGAGAGACCUUCUUUUUCCAAACUGAGGAGAAUGAGGUAACCUUCCCGAUGAUAAUGAAAAAGUAGGAGAGUAGAGUAGCAACCAACCGAUUGUUUUGUUACGCGGCCGGAGCACUUUCUUUUCUAGUUCUCGGCCACGUUAACAUUUUGUAAUAAUCAGUUUUAUUAUGUCCAACUUCUU